UGUUGGGUAGUAGAAGUGACUAGACACAAAAUUUCCUUAAAUUAACCAGCAUCAUGAGUGGAGUCUGCUGACUUGAUAGGAAAAACGAAAACAUAAAAAUCUUCGCGACGCACGAUAAACAACAAAGUAGAGUGAUAAAUUUAACUUGUUGUUGACGGCAGAACCAGACGGGAAAACAAAAUCAUCCAAGUGAUCUGCGGUUACGGAGCAGCAAAAAAGAAAAUUUUCGCUGCGACGGAAAAUUCAUAGGUGACGUUUCAUUUCACGUUCCGUUUUUUGUCUCGAUCGCUUCGGAAGGCGUAGAAAAAAAGUGCGACGACGAGCGAGCACUUUUGUGUGGUGAAAAACAAAAGGCUUUGUGUUUGCGAUCAUCGGUUUCAAGCAAGCGAGAAAAACGGCAUCAAAAGUGGAAGUCCACCAAGUGAAGAGGAAGCAAUCCGAGAUGGAGCUCACACCGGAGGAAAUUCGGGCGCGGCGACUGCGAAAGCUGGAAACGGGUAGCAGGGGGCCACUGAUUGCGGUCUCCAGUGCACCCGAUAGUGGACAACAACAGCAGCAGCAGGAAACCUCCCCCAGCGAGUCCAACGAAAACUCGACGGCUUCGACUCCUACGGAGAAAGAACCACCUGUUCCUGACAGUUCCGCCAAUACCACCACUGAAACAACGAAGUUCGCAGAGACCGCGACAAAACUACCAGAUAGCAGUGAAAAACCUUCAAGUGUAAGUAGUAUCGUUGAAUCUCCGGUCCAAAAAAUGGACCUUGACACUUCCCUCAGCUCAGCCACAGUGGCUCCCCUGGAAGCUCAUCCGAAGCUGGAAGAUAAAGUUCGCGACGAAGCAGUCACACGCGAGGAGCUGCAGCAAAUUGUGUUCCGCAUCAUGAACAUCAACAGCCAAACCCGCUUCUCCGAGGCACGUUUCACCAUCGAUGGGACGGUGCUGGAAAGUGCCCUCAGCGCACUGGAAGCUAAAAAUUAUAACGAAUUUAGCGCCGAAAUAAUAACGGAGGUGAUAAAGGAGUUCUACGAGGGACGCCUUAUCGAUGCCUGCGGGGGAAGCGCUAGUGCAUCGAUAUCGGACGGCUGGAGUAGCAUUCCUUCGAAGAAAGUUAAACCAAUCGAUAUUGAGGAAGUUUUGGAACAGAGUGGCGGGGGAAGUACAGCGAUGGAAAUUGACACCGAGCAGCUCGGGCUUUGUUCGUCGAAGCCAACGAUUAAAGCCUUCAGCUCGAAUCGGGUGGCUGCCCUAGAUUAUCUCAUCAAUUGCUACUGCAGAGCGAAUGAAGAAUUGUACAAUUAUACCAAAAUCAAGAAGAAUAAAAAGAUGUAUACGAUGGAAUUUUUGCCGGAAAUAGCAACUAUCAUAAGCAACAUUCGCCAGCAGACGUUAAAGUAUGCGAUACUGUUGAUGAAAAAUCGCUUUCAAAAUUUUGCACAAAUAGAAAAUCCGGCCAAGUUAAUAUUGGAAAAGUCUCCGCUUUUGCAGUUAAUGUAUGAGAACAAGGUACCAUCAGACUUUCUGGCCAGAUUAAUGGCCGAAGCGUACAAACAGGAGUUCGACUUUGACGAAAUAUUCACAAUCGUGCUAGACGAUUUGUAUGUCGACAUGCAAAACUCGAUCUGCAGUGAGAAUAUUAUUGGAGAUCCACUGAACCGACUGAAAGAACUCGUAGAGAUCAAGGUGAAAAACUCAAGCCCAAUUUGUAAGCUUAUCGUAAAACAUGUUGUGUUCCUACCGAGACUGACCCUAGACAAAUACGCUGCCCGGGAAAUAUCGAAGGUGUCCUUUUUGGCACCGUUCUUAUCGCUGUCGGUGUUGCUCGACGAGAAUCCGAAAUUCGCCACGCAUCACUUCCUAGAGAAUGUUUGCGAUAGAACCCUGGCGGUCUCGUUCCAAACACUGCUCGGAAACACCCGUAAAGUGUUGCAUCAAAUCUUCCUAUCGUUGCUAACCAAUCUGGAUAGUCGACAAGAGGUGUUGAAAUAUACUUCGGAGAUACUGAAAGCGAAUCAUAAACGAAUCCAGUACAACGCAGACGAUCGAUUCCUGGCAAAGGAUGGAUUUAUGCUGAAUCUGAUGUCCGUCCUUCAGCUGCUAUCAGUGAAAAUAAAUAUGUCGAAAAUAGAUCCUCUCUAUCCGCAUCAUCCGGAAGCUUUGAUUGAGAUUGAAGACGAGACUAAACUGAAAUAUUCCUCUCAGGAAUACAAUGACUGGCUGGAAUCGUUACGAUCCACCAAGAAAUGGGAAACACCGAAAUUUGUCACCCACUGCUGGUUUCUGACGUUGCACGCGCACCAUUUAGGAAUCAUACCGGCAAUUCAGCGCUACAACAAACUGCUGCGAGCCACCAAAGAGCUUCAACGAAUGGUCGACGAGCUAAACUCCAGCAAGGGCCAGUGGGAAAACACGCCACUGGGGCGCCGGAACAAGCAGGUGCUCGAUCGCUGCCGGAAUCAAAUAAACAAACUGUCCAAGGCGAAACUUGGUUGCGACAUUGCGAUCAUCGAUCCCAACGUGCUCGGUGCGUGUAUGCAGUUCUACUCGUCCGUCUGCGAAUACAUGCUGCAUCAGAUCGAGAAUCGACCGAUAGAGGGUCCCUUCGUUAAUAAGCAGUCUCCGGCGACGCUGGUUGCGUGCGAUAAUUUCUGCUCGCUGCCCGAGUGGUACAUCGAGGACAUCGCAGAUUUUAUCCUGUUUUGCAUGCAGCACAGCAUCAGCGCUAUCGACUACGUGGAUAACUCCAUCAUCACCUGGAUACUGACGCUGGUGUGUGCCCCGCAUCUCAUCAAGAAUCCCUACAUCACUGCCAAACUGAUAGAGGUUCUCUUCGUGACCUCACCAACCAUCCAGACGGCAUCGCAGCGCCUCUACCUACAGAUCAUCAACCACGAGCUGGCUCAAACGGCCCUAGUAAGUGCCCUUAUGAAGUUCUACACCGACAUCGAAACGACGGGCCAGAGUACUGAGUUCUACGACAAGUUCACCAUCCGCUAUCACAUCAGCCAUCUGUUCAAGGGUCUCUGGGACAGCGCGGUCCACCGGCAGGCGAUCGUCAGCGAGUCCAAGGGUGGGAAACAGUUUGUCAAAUUUGUGAAUUUCUUCCUGAACGACACUACCUACCUUCUGGACGAGUGUCUGGAGUAUCUCAAGCGUAUCCACGAAACACAGGUACUGAUGAUGGACGAGACGGCAUGGAAUGAACUAGGGGCAGAUGCGCAUCAGAGUAGACAAAGGCAGCUGGUGCAAGACGAACGGCAGUGCAGAUCGUACCUAACACUGGCCCGGGAAACCGUUGACAUGUUCCACUAUCUGACGAUCGACAUCAAAGAGCCCUUCCUGCGACCAGAACUUAUCGAUCGGUUAAGUUCGAUGUUGAAUUACAAUCUGCAGCAGUUGUGCGGUCCGAAGUGCAAUGACCUACGCGUUCGCAAUCCCAUGAAGUAUGGAUGGGAACCACGAAGGCUACUCGGUCAACUGAUCGAUAUCUAUCUCCACUUGAGCUGUGAUCAAUUUGCUGCCGCCCUUGCGGCUGAUGAACGGUCGUUCGAACGUCAUCUUUUCGAAGACGCUGCCAACCGUGUAGAGCGCAUUGGGAUACGUACCGCGCUGGAGGUGGACGAGUUUCGAAAACUCAUUCGCCAAGCCUCCGAAAUCUAUAUCCAAAAUCAGCAAAAUGCAGAUGAGUUUGCCGAGGCUCCGGACGAGUUCAAGGAUCCACUGAUGGACACUAUGAUGACAGAUCCAGUGAUACUGCCUUCGGGAACGAUCAUGGACCGAUCGAUCAUCACCCGACACUUGCUCAACAGCAGCACAGACCCUUUCAAUCGACAACCUCUCACGGAAGAUAUGCUCAUUCCGGCCACUGAACUGAAGGAACGCAUCGAGCAAUGGAUCCAGAGCUAUCGCGAAAAGAAGAAACAACAAAACUAGAUGAUUUUGUAGAAAAAAUAACUUCAAUCUUUUGUGAAGACGUCGAACGCGUUCUCGAACUGUGAGGGCAAACACUCGAAAGCUGAAUUUAAUACUAUUACGGAUAUAUAGACGUAUUUAUAUAACUAGAAAUAAGAUAGGAUCCCUCUGGUUUUUAACGCUGCGAAAAAAAAAGCUUUGCUCUAAAUCUUCCGUGCAUUACAACUUGUCCUAUUUUGGUUUGCCUGAAAUAUUACUCAUCAUAGCAAUUGCAAUAAUUCGUAAACAUAAUUCUUGCCCCAAAUGGAAAAGAAUGCAGCCACUGUAAAGUAAGAGCGGCAUCAUAUUUUCAGUUCUCUAGAAUGUUCUCUUGCGUUCGAUCAAAGUUAGGCGUUUUCUCCAGGAGAAAUGCUGCUAAUGAUAGAAGAAGAAGAAGAAGAUAUAGCAAACAGAUGGGACAUCGAAGAUAAAUGUCCCUAUUCUUAAUCCGGAUCGUGUAUAAGCUAGUACAUUGAAUAAAAAAAAAAAAUAAACGUUU